UCUUUGCUUUGGCUUGCUCUGAAAGCAACAUUCAAUCUCUCUUUCCCUAUCUUGUCAUCAUCUCAACCUUUUCCCACUACUACAACCCUUUACUCCCACUAUUACUCCACGUUUCUUCAUUUUCUUCCCAUUCUGUUAGCUCUUAUAUAAAUACUCUCAUCCAAUUUACACCACACACAAAUGUUACAACUGCAACCAUGAUACUAGUUAGAACCAGUGGCUUCUUUUAUCUGUUUUUUGCAGUUCUUGUUGCAAAAACUAGCUUUUGCUUAUCUGAUACUGCUAAGGUCUAUGUUGUGUACAUGGGAAGCAAAAAUGGCGUAGAGCCGGAUGAUGUUCUGAAACAUAACCAUCAAAUGCUUGCAUCUGUUCAUAGUGGAAGUGUUGAGCAGGCCCAAGCAUCUCAUAUUUAUAGCUAUAAACAUGGUUUUAGAGGCUUUGCAGCCAAGUUGACUGAUGGACAGGCUUACCAAAUUUCAAAAAUGCCUGGGGUGGUUUCUGUUUUUCCCAAUUCUAGAAGAAAGUUGCACACCACUCAUUCAUGGGAUUUCAUGGGACUUCUGGAUGAUGAAACCAUGGAGGGUACAGGGCACUCUGUCAAAAACCAAACAAAUAUCAUCGUUGGUUUCAUUGAUACUGGAAUUUGGCCUGAAUCCCCAAGCUUUAGGGACACUGACAUGCCACCCGUACCGCACGGAUGGAAAGGCCAUUGUCAAGUGGGAGAAGCAUUCAAUGCUUCAUCUUGCAACAGGAAAGUGAUAGGAGCUAGAUACUACAUAAGUGGAUAUGAAGCAGAAGAAGGGUCAAGCAGCAAAGUCUCUUUCAGAUCACCAAGGGAUAGCUCUGGUCAUGGGAGCCAUACAGCUUCCACAGCAGCGGGGCGCUAUGUGGCGAACACGAAUUACAAGGGGCUUGCAGAAGGAGGAGCUAGAGGAGGUGCACCUAUGGCUAGGAUUGCUGUGUACAAAACAUGUUGGGAUUCUGGUUGCUAUGAUGUGGACUUGUUAGCUGCUUUUAAUGAUGCCAUACGAGACGGGGUUCACAUUAUAUCUUUAUCUCUGGGUCCUGAAGCCCCCCAAGGUGAGUAUUUCAACGAUGCCAUAUCUGUGGGGUCCUUCCAUGCUGCUAGGCAUGGAGUCCUGGUGGUAGCAUCAGUUGGAAAUGAAGGAACUCCUGGUUCUGCUACGAAUCUCGCACCGUGGAUGAUCACUGUUGCUGCUAGCUCAACAGAUAGGGAUUUCACCUCUGAUAUCAUGCUAGGAAAUGGUGCCAGACUCACGGGUCACAGUCUCAGUAUCUUGGAAAUGAAUGCUUCCAGAAGAAUAAUUCCAGCAUCUGAAGCCUUUGCAGGAUAUUUUACUCCUUAUCAAUCCAGUUUCUGUUUGGAUAGCUCCCUAAAUAAGACCAAAACCAAGGGGAAGGUUCUGGUGUGUCGACGUGCAGAGAGUUCAACUGAAUCAAAGUUGGAGAAGAGUAGGGUAGUGAAAGAGGCAGGUGGAGUUGGGAUGAUUCUUAUUGAUGAGAUGGAUCAAGAUGUUGCAAUCCCAUUUGUGAUACCUUCAGCUGUUGUUGGAAGGAAAAGAGGAGAACAAAUUCUCUCUUAUAUCAAUCGCACAAGGAUGCCAAUGUCAAGGAUAUUCAGAGCUAAGACAAUCCUAGGAGUUCAGCCUGCACCCCGUGCAGCAGCAUUUUCUUCUAAAGGUCCCAAUGCCUUAACCCCAGAAAUCUUGAAGCCUGAUGUUACAGCCCCCGGAUUAAACAUCCUCGCAGCAUGGUCACCAGCAGCAGCUGGAAACAUGAAGUUCAAUAUUCUAUCAGGAACUUCUAUGGCUUGUCCUCAUGUAACUGGAAUUGCUACCUUAGUCAAAGCUGUGCAUCCUUCAUGGUCCCCAUCUGCUAUCAAAUCUGCCAUCAUGACCACUGCAACAACUCUGGAUAAGCAACACAAACCCAUUAGAGCGGAUCCUGAUAACAAAAGGGCUAAUGCAUUUGAUUAUGGAUCAGGGUUUGUGAACCCCGCAAGAGUUCUGGAUCCUGGUCUCGUCUAUGAUUCACAGCCAAGAGAUUUUGUUGAGUUCCUCUGUUCACUUGGUUAUGAUGAGAAGACACUCCAUCUUGUCACCGGAGACAACAGCACAUGUCAUGGGGCAUUCAAAACACCAUCUGAACUCAACUAUCCAUCUAUUGUAGUGCCAAAUCUUGAAGAUAACUUUUCAGUAACUCGAGUUGUGACUAAUGUUGGAAAAGCAAGAAGUAUAUAUGAAGCUGUAGUGGUGUCACCUGCAGGAGUUAAUGUCACUGUUGUACCAAACAGGUUAGUCUUCACAAGAAUAGGACAGAAAAUCAAGUUCACUGUGAAUUUUAAAGUGGCUGCUCCUUCAAAGGGCUAUGGAUUUGGGUUCUUGUCAUGGAGGAACAGAAGAUCACAGGUCACCAGCCCUUUAGUUGUCAAGAUUGCAUCACCGAAGCUUGGGUUGGUCAGAUAACAAUGGUUGUAAAUAUGUGUAUUAGCUUAGGAGCUGUGAGAUUCCUAUAGUCACUAUAAUUAUAAUAGCAUGUUUGGAUCUCUCUAUCACCAGAAUCAAUUCUGAAACUCAGAAGCUAUUCACAUAAGGUUCUUCCCAGAAUUGAUUAUCAAUUGAGAGGGAUUUCAAAACAUGCAUUAAGUCUAGAAUAACCAUUCAUACACAAAUCCUGAUGCAAUCUAGAUGAUCAAGGUCACACUUACAGUUAUGUGUUUGGAGCAGCAAGCUAACACAAACACAGAAUUCAAAGAAAUGAUAAUUUAAUGCCCUGGACUCACUCUUAGAUUCAUUAUUAGUUUGUUACUAUUCGUCAGCUGUCACACGAGAACUUUGUCAUUUAGUAGGAUAGUUUAUUCAGCA